CUCAUUAGUCCUAUUUAGGACAAUUUCCGUUACUUAAAAGGGAAAUUGGCAAAGUUAGUGGGACAUCCAAAAAAGGAAAGUUGACAAAGUUUUAAGGGACGGAGGGAGUACUAGCUAAUUGACACCACAUUCUAUCCAUAUCCAUCUAUGGUUGAGCAGUCAUAUUUAUCUCAACGAAUUAUUCCUUUUAUACCACUGUAUACAAGCCCCAUUUUAUUUCUGCACAAAUAAUUUUCUUUUAGGGAGUAAGAUAUAAUAGUACUCCGUAAUUAUCUUUGCCAUAGACAAUUACCCAAAACAAAACAAAAAUCUUUGCCAUAGACCAUUUUUGUUUGUCACCUCUGAAUUAACUAUACAAGACAAAACCAGGUAUGAGUUUGGCAUGUACAGGAAGACCCGCGACUUGUUGGUCGAUUUGAAAUUUGGGAGAGCUGUUCAUCUGGAUGCAGUGAAGCUCGGGCGCAGUACAAUAAAAUCGUAGGGCCCUCAGAGUUCUUCCAGAUUCGAUUUUGUGAUAUGAAAGUUCUUCUACACCCUGAAAUUCCCAAGGUAUUCUUCUCUUUCAGACGGCCUCGCCCUCUCUUCUUUUCUAGUUUAAUCGGAAAGAACCCACCAUUUACUUCACUUUCAUCAUCUACAGAGCUUGCUUCUUUUGUUGACAACUGUUCGGACGCAGAUUCACUGAAGAAGCUACAUACUUGCAUCCUAACACGCGGCUUCGAACAAGACUCGGCUUUGGGCUCUAAGCUUCUCAAUAGCUACGCAAAGUUCAAUCUUUUACCCGAAUCGAAAUGGUUGUUUGGAAGAUUCACGGACAGCGAUCGAAUAUCCAUUUUUAUAUGGAAUCUGACUUUUGUUGGUUAUUUCAAGGCGUUUCACUACCACGAAGUCCUCAGGUUGUAUGUAGAGUUGAAGAGAAGGAACGUCCAUGUCUAUGGUUCAGCAGCAAUUUUUACCCUGAAGAGCUGCGCCAAGUUGGGUGAUUUCAAAUUCGGGAGAGCUGUUCACGUGGAUGCAGUGAAGCUCGGGUUGAAUACAAAUCAAAACGUUGGGUCGUUUCUGGCCAAAUUCUAUUCAGAUAGAGCUGCCAUUGGUGAUGCAGCUAAGGUGUUUGAUGAAAUAACUGCAAAAGAUGUAGUUGUUUAUACAGUGAUGAUUACAGGAUGUGCUCAAUUGGGUUUUCAGUAUGCCUAUGAGGCUUUUAGAAUUGCAUGUGAGAUGCAGAGGAAAAACCUUGAACCAAACCGGGUAACUCUGGUUAGCUUACUUCAAGCAGCAUCUUCUUUGGGAGCAGUGGAAGAGGGAAAUGCAAUCCAUGGGUAUGCUCUCAGAAGAGGGAUUGGUUGUUCAAAUGAUGUUUUCAUGACAACUCUAAUGGACAUGUAUAUAAAAUGUGAAGUCCCAGAAAAGGCCAUUGCUGUAUUUGCGAAUAUCAGUGAAAAGAGUAUUGGUUCUUGGAACGCUUUGGUCACUGCCCAUCUCAGGUUAGGGCAGCCUUUGGAGGCUUUGGAACUAUUUGCUGAACUAAUGACAGACAACACCCACAAACCUGAUCAGAUCACUAUAACAAGUGCACUAUCAAGCUGUGCUGAUCUUCAGUACUUGCUUGGGGGAAAGAGCAUACAUGCUUAUGUCAUCCGAUCUGGUAUUAACCUUGAUCUCGUAGCGAAUACAAUUCUUAUCGAUAUGUACUCAAAAUGCGACCAUUUGGUCCAUGCUGAAAUGGUAUUUGAUAGAGCAGAUCGCAUGGAUGUGGUCCUGUUCAAUGUGAUGAUAAGCAGUUACACUCAAAAUGGUCUUCCAAAACAAGCAUGGAACUUAUUCCAUGAAAUGCUACGCUUGGAUUUCAAGCCAAACAUAAGUACGAUCAUCUGUGUACUCUCUGCAAUAUCUGAUAUGAAAGAUGUCACCCAAGGAAGUGUCAUCCAUUGCUUCCUGAUCAAAUCAGGGCUUGAAUCUACCACCGACAUAGCUAACCAGCUCAUUGAGACGUAUUCAAGGUGUGGUCUAAUUAAACACACGAGUGAAGUGUUUGGGAGGAUAACAAAAAAGGACAUAGUAUCAUGGACUUCGGCUAUGAUGGGCCAUGUUAAUAAUGGCCAGGCAAAUGAAGCCUUGGUUUUGUUCCGUUCCAUGCAAAGAGAAAACAUAAAUCCAGAUUCGUUGACAUUCGUAGCUCUUCUUCAGGCGAUUACUCAGCUUGGAUUUUUAAGCUUUGCAAGAGAGGUACACGCCCGUGCCUGUCGGCAGAUAGAUGUGCAAGAGGGCAUUCUCAUCAUUAACACUCUGAUCAUGGCAUAUAGCAGAUGUGGAGAUUUAAAUUGUGCCGGGGUUCUUUUUGAUAGAAUGCCUGGACGAGAUUUAUCUUCAUGGAACACAAUGUUAUCUUCAUAUGGAGCACAUGGGGAUUGUGUCCGUGUACUUGAACUGUUCAACCAAAUGAGGAUGGAAAAAGUGGUGCCCGAUAACUACACGUUCACGUCUUUGUUAUCGGCCUGCAGCCAUUCAGGAGCAUUACCAGAGGGGCUAUCUGUUUUCAGGACAAUGAUGGAAGAUUACAGAUUGGUCCCUACGGAUGAGCACUUCGGGUGCAUGGUGGAUUUGCUAAGCCGAGGAGGGAUGCUGGAGGAAGCGGAUUACCUUCUGAAGUGUGAGGGGUUGAGAGAAAACGCUUCGGCAUUAGGGGCUUUCAUUGCUUCAUGCAUGGUUAAUGGAAAGGGAGAGAUGGGAGAAUGUGCAGGGAGACGGCUGUUGAGUAUGGAACCUGGGAAUGCGAGUGCUUAUAGUUUAGUGUCAAAUUUGUACGCUGGACAACAUAAAUGGGAAGAAGUAGCACAUAUGGGAGGCUUGGCUAGGGAAAAGGGGUUGAAAAGAGUUUCAGGACGUAGCAUAAUAGUGAAGAACAACGCACUUUAGGGGAGGGACACGAAUUUAUCGUCAAGAUCAACAGAUUUUUUCAACGUCUUUGAGUAUAUAUUUAUUUGUUGAUUCGUUUUUCAUUUAUUUUCCUUACAAUACAAUUUAAAUAGUGGUGUGUAAUCACUCCACCGGAGCUGAACAAAAAAAUCAAUAAACUCAGACUGACCCGACUAAACACAGAAAUUGAACUCAUUCAAAACUGAACUGAAUAAAACUGAAACUAGUAAAACCGACCCAAUAAAUGGUUUAGGUUUAUUGUUUACCAAUUGUCCAUUCUAACAAAAGGUUCAUUUAUUUUAAUUAUGUCCAAGUGUCCAACUAUCGACUGGUGGCCUUAUUUUAACACUCAAUAUGCUGAGUACGUAUACUGUGGUACCGGUGCAGUUUGAACACCAUGUUCCCAUGGCUAUAUGAAAUGCAACUCGUGUGAAUCCACAUGUAACUUCAAGUUUAUCAAGAUAUAAAUUAUACUCAUUCAAUUGAUUCAAAUGUAACUCAUUGAAAU